GAGGAGUUGCCGGGGGAGGAGGAGGAGGAGAAGUAGGACCGGCGCUCGUAACCGCCUCGGAAUUUUUCAUUCGAAGGGGCAAUCUAAGGAUCAAAUUAAAAGAGAAGAAGGAGGAGGAAGAAGAGAAGGAAGAGGAAGGCUGGAAGGAGGUGCGUCGGCUUUUCGGAUGUCGGCACGCUAUUGCCGCGACAUCGACGACGACACCUCGUGUUUCGAGGAUCGUUUGCCGUUGAGUUUCUCUACUGAUACGAAGAUGAAAAAGGAGACCGAUCGCAUCCCAUUGAUCUUCGCGAGGACCUAAUUCGUCUGAAUGGCACGAAUCCGAGGGAGAAGGACAAGACACGAAAUAGCAAGGACGAGUGUAUAUCGCAGGAUGGAUUCGUGCAAGGUUUACUGGUCUCAGCUACGAGCUAUGCUCGUGAGAAAUAUUCUUCUGAAGAAACGUGAAAAGCGGAAGACCAUCGCGGAGAUCUUCCUGCCUCUUUAUACUCUAGGGAUUCUCAUAGUGAUAAAGGUAUUGAUACCUAAUCCAAAUUAUCCCGCGAUGACGACGCAGGGGCAUAAAUCGAAUAUAUUCGAAUUUUUCAAUGGUUAUGAGAACAAUACGAUUGCUGUGGUACCUAAUUCGACGGAAACUCUCAACUUUUUAAAUUCGAUGAACACCUUUUGGCUGUCCAUGUGGGAUUUUCCUGAGAAGUUACCUUUGAAUUUCAUGAUAUUCGAUUCGAAGGAUGAUCUACAAGCAGCUUACUGGAGAGAUCCAUAUAGUGUACCUCUGGCUGUGAUCUUUGAAGACUCUCAACCGAUCACUCAACGUCUUCUAUACGAGAUUAGAACAAAUCCUUCGUAUACAUCACCUCCUUCGCCUCUUGAACUCUAUUCCGCUCCGGUUACUUGCCGGAAGGAUACCAACCACUGGAUGGGAGGCGUUCUAUCAAUAAAAACUGGCGGAUCAUGUCCCGUGGAUAACUACUUGCAUUCUGGCUUCCUAGCGUUACAAAUGCUAAUGGAUAUUACGAAGAUAAAGCUUGACACGCAACACAACUACAUAACCAUUCCGCAUAUAAAAUUAGAAAUGUUUCCGAAAGAAGCGUUCACAGCUGAUUGGAUGCUGGCUUUUAGAGUCAUUAUUCCUUUGUAUAUGGUCUUAGCACUUUCACAGUUCAUUACUUAUCUCUUGAUACUAAUUGUCGGUGAAAAAGAGAAGAAGAUUAAAGAAGGAAUGAAAAUUAUGGGCCUGAAGGAUUCUGUGUUUUGGAUGUCUUGGUUUAUUAUCUACGGCGUCUUUGUCUUGUUACUUUCCGCCGUUGGAGUGGUAUUACUCUUCACUCUACAAAUGUUUCAGCAUACUCACUUUUUACCGAUAUUUCUUUUGGUUGUACUUUAUAGUAUUUCCAUCGUCAUGUUUGCCUUCAUGAUAACACCAUUCUUUGAUAAUUCUCGUACUGCCGGUGUCCUUGGAAACUUUGCAGUAACGAUACUAAGUUUGAUGUACUUCAUUCAAGUCUUUAUAAACGAUUCUAGCUCGGUCUCAUUUUGGCUGGUAUCACUUUUAAGUCCAACGGGUGUUGCAUUGGCUAUGGAUAAGGCCUUGGUCCUGGAUUUACAGGGACAAGGAGUGAAUUUCGAUAAUCUUUGGUGUGGUCCUGGUAUACCUUUCGGUGGAAGUCUCAUUAUGAUGACUUUAGACAUAUUCUUGUAUGGUUACUUAGCUUAUUAUUUGGACUCGGUAAUACCAAGCGAGUAUGGCACGAAGAGAUUACCGUGGUUCUGUUUUACACCUGGAUUUUGGUGUCAACGUAAAGUUCAAAGGGUACCGUCGUCUAACGGCGAAUCAAAUUCUUUUAUACCCGGUGAGGAAACACAUAGAGACGUGGAACCAGUCAUUCGUGAGAUGAAGGGAAGGGAAGCAAUUAGAAUCGUAGAUUUGUUUAAAUCUUAUCAGAAAUGUCGUAAGCCUGAAAUAAAGGCAGUUAAUGGUAUCAACCUAACGAUUUAUGAGGGACAAAUAACAGCGAUAUUGGGACAUAACGGGGCUGGUAAAACCACGUUGUUUAACAUACUCACCGGAUUGACAUCGCCAACAGCCGGUACUGCUUUGAUUUUUGGAUAUGACAUACGAGAUUCAAACGAUAUGCAGAUGAUCAGAAGUAUGACAGGUGUAUGCCCUCAGCAUGACAUUCUGUUUGAUCUUUUAACCCCCAGAGAACAUCUUGAAUUUUUUGCCGCUGUACGUUGUAUUCCAAAAUCAGUAAUCGAUUAUGAGGUAAAUAAAACGUUAAAAGACAUAGACCUGGUUGAAAAAGCAGAUACUUUUGCAAAAUACUUAAGCGGUGGUCAGAAGAGAAAGCUCUCAGUAGGUAUCGCCAUUAUCGGUGAUCCUAAGAUCAUUAUCCUUGAUGAGCCUACAGCUGGAGUGGAUCCAUACUCGAGAAGACAAAUGUGGUCUUUACUGCAAUCCAGAAGACACGGUAAAGUCAUUCUUUUAACGACUCACUUCAUGGACGAAGCAGAUAUAUUAUCUGACAGGAAGGCAGUUAUAAGUAAAGGGAAAUUGAGAUGUUGCGGUACUUCAUUGUUCUUAAAAAAUAAAUUCGGUAUCGGUUAUCAUUUAACUCUCGUACUCGAAGGCAACGCGAGGGAACAUGCGAUAACACGAUUAGUAUCGUCUCAUGUGACGAAAGCCGAAAAAGCAAGACGCCACGGUCGAGAAUUGAGCUUCAUCUUGCCUCACAAUUCCGUGGAAAAUUUCGCCUCACUAUUUUCGGCUAUCGAGCAUGAAAUCAAAACGAGAUCGAGUAGGUUGGGUAUUAGUAGUUACGGAGUAUCUAUGACGACCCUGGAAGAAGUGUUUUUACAUCUGGAAAAAGACGAGGAAACGGAAUGUACCAUGGACAAUCUGUCAAAGAAAAUGGUUCGUAAUCGUGCACUUAGUAGAUCGUUGUCCUUGCAGUCGAAAAGUACAUCGUACCAGAGUUUACAGAACGAAGGUGUUAUCGUUCAAAAUGAUGGUCAAGCGAAAGGAGCAGGUGAUCUACCAGAUGGAGUUCACAAUGAUAGGAAUCCUCCUAUUCUCGGCCUUGGCUUAGACCCCAUCAAAAUUCGGCCUAACUUCCUUCAAAUUCUUUACGCCAUGCUUCGCCUAAGGAUACUCAGGCUGUUUAGAAACAUUCAACUACUUUACUUCACCAUCGUUGCUCCUCUUGCUCUAAUAAUCCUUGGUCUCUAUAUAAACAGUGUUCAAACUGUCGACAUUAAGAUGCAGUCUCUUGAACUUAAUAGUGACACCUAUGGCAAUAGGACUAAAAUUGUAUAUUUCAAUAAUACCAAUGUUGAUAUAACGUCUUUGAUAGACAGUAUAAGUCACGAUGUAAAGCAUAUCGAUGAAUACGAUGGAAACUACGUUAAUUUGUUAAAAAUCGGACCGCACAUAGCAGCAUUUAAUAUCAAUGAAUAUAACUCUCUAAAUAUGGAUUUAACGAUCAUAUAUAACGAUACGAUGCAACAUUCUCUACCUAUCUUAUUGAAUGUACUGUUAAAUACUUAUUAUAGAUUGAUAGCCAGAAAGGAUGACGUUCCGCAAAUUGAAAUAAAAACACAUCCGUUUCAACAGACGUCACAGCCACAAGAAUUUAAUAUAGGUGCUGCCAGUUCAGCGUUAUUUAUAGGAAUGGAUUUUGUUUUAUUACCGAUCACUUUGGCAAUCGAUAUGGUUUAUGAUCGAGAAAUUAAAGCGAAGAAUCAAUUGCGCAUCAACGGCCUGUCAUUUCCUAUGUACUUCCUUACUUAUUUUAUCGUCCUCGUCGGCCUGAUGACAUUUAUUUGUUUAUGUAUCGUUGGUAUUAUAUUUCUCUUCGACGUGCCUUCGCUUCAAGAACCGCCAGCACUCAUUACCCUUGGUACCCUUUUGAUGUUAUACUGCCCAUCGUCCAUUCUUUUCUCAACAUGUUGGAGUUACAUUUUUGAUAAGAUGGAUUCCGCACAGAGUAUUUUACCCAAUAUUGCAACGUUCUUAGGACUGAUACCUUUUUUGCUUGUCAUGUUCCUAGAUAUGCUAGGCGUUGGUGGUACAGCAGCGUUCGCUUUGCACGUGGUGUUUUCUCUGUUGAAUACCAUGUACGUGCCCUACGCAGCUGUAUACUAUGUAGAUCGCGUCCAUUUAAUGUGCUCUAUUAAUGCUGCCUGCCAACAUUUAACAAUGUCGGAUUAUCUUACCACGGAGAUCAUAUUGAUGGCUGUUGGUGUAUUGUUACAUUGUCCAUUAUGGUUCUUCGUAUUGCUCUUAUUGGACAUCAAGAAAAGCGGUGGAAACAUUAGCGAUACCUUCAAGCACUUCCUGAGAAAUGAUGUCUCUAUCGGGGAGGAGGUAAUGGAAAAUUCGGAUGUAGGUGAUCACGAAGAUGCUGACGUAAAAACUGAAAGACAGAGAGUGUUCAAUCUUAUUACGUCACCUUCCAUUCAGCAAUCACCAGUGGUAUUGGUACAGAAUCUACGGAAAGAAUAUCAUCAACGAGAAACAGUUUCUUGUAGCUGUUGUAACAGAAGAGAGGAAGGGUCAAUGCAACGAAAAGUCGCCGUACGAAAUUUAUCAUUGGCCGUUGAACCAGGCGAAGUAUUUGGACUUUUAGGUCAUAAUGGUGCUGGCAAAACUACUACGAUGAGGAUUAUUAUCGCAGAGGAAGCAGCGACACGUGGUAGAGUACAAAUUGAUGGAUACAAUAUUCACUCUCAAAUGGCAGAAGCAUUCAGACAAAUGGGAUAUUGUCCGCAACACGAUGCUCAAUGGAAGAAUAUUACUGUACGAGAACAUUUGGAAUGUUACGCAGCUAUUCGUGGUGUACCUUCGCAAGAGAUUAAGAAAAUCGUAGAUCUCUAUCUAUCCAGUCUUCAGAUUCAUGAACAUGCCGAUAAACAAAUUCAAGAAUGCUCAGGUGGUACUAGAAGAAAACUUAGCUUCGCAAUGGCGAUGGUUGGAGGACCAAAGGUUGUUUUAAUGGAUG